GAUGAUAAAAGUCUAAUAUGGAUAUAAAACAUACUCCUUUAGAAAAGUCCGAAUCAUCAUCAACCAUAUCGAUCGGCCAGUUUGAAGGUUUUCACGACAAAACAGACACAGGAUUUAAAAACCUUACCAAGAAAUGCCACAUUCCGUUUCGAGAUCAAGAUGAAUUUAGUGCCAAAUUGAAUUCAAAAGUUGCUUCGUGCUCUGUAAGUGCGUCACUUGAAAGUGGCUUGUCGUUUAUACGGCAUAAUAUUUACACAAUCGAUGAACUUACCGAAGAUUCAGGUUUAUCGUUUGCUAAAGUUAGACGGACUACAUCUAGUGAAGAUGAACUUAUGCAGAGAUUAGAAAAACUAAAACAAGUUACUACCGCUGCCCGAGCUGUACGACGACCAGUAAGUCGGAAAGGCCCUGAUAUGAAGCCGAAUUCAUCCUGGUCAACACGGUUGAAUUACAGAGAAGUAAUAUCAGCAAAAUUCGAUUUGAUGGAGCGUUUUUUAAAGGAUCAACAAGAGGAGCAACAGGAUGUUAUAGGUAGUGAUGAAUCCACAGGGCAACCACACACUAAGUCAAGACCUGUUUCGGAGAAAAACCGAGUAAUUAGCAAAUUGUGUUGCUCUUGUGUAUCAGGGCAGUGAGCUAUAUUGAUUAUUCAGUUAUUGAUAAUGACGAUUGUUUACUCGAGAAAAUUGAUUACUUGUUAGUAUUGCAUCGUACAAUGAAAUUCAAAAACCAUGGUUACUUAAAUUGCAGACCGCUUGGUCAAAAGACCAGAGCAAUAUGAAACAAUUAAUGACAGUUUAUGCCUUUCAAGACAACUGUUUCGCAAAUAAAAGA